AUGGCUCAUGCUGCAAACCCCAGACGGGAAGGCGUCACUGAGCAGCCACCUAGGGUCGGUGACCAGACGACGUCAGAAUUCCCAGCUAAUUAUGCAGGCACAUCCGCCGGUUAUCAGGCAUACCAGCACCUGCUCGAAAUGCAGAAGAACGAAAUUCGCCAGCUCUGCGUAACGUCUCUCGACAGAGAGUUCACAGUCAAGGGGAAGAUGUUCGAGAACAGAAAGGUAAGAAUUUGCCGGAUCGAAGAAGACGAAGGCCAGCGUUACAAGACUGUUUUAAAGAUGGGCAAAUUCGAUCUCCAAAACGAAGCUUGGAAGAAGAAGGAGAUGCUGUCGGAGAUCGCCGUCCACAGAUAUGUAACAAUGACUGGCUGCCCUUACAUCGCGCAGAUUCACAACACACUGUACAACUUCUAUGACGACUAUUGCUUUGGCUUCCAGGUGGAAUAUAUGCGCCAAGGUACCGUAAUGGAAAACUUAUCCAAGCUCUCCUACGCGGGUCGCCUCCGAGUGUGCAGGGAUGUUGCGAGAGGUCUGAAACACAUCCACUCCUUGCACAUUGUCCACGCUGACAUCAAGGUUCACAAUGUUCUUGUACACAUUAGAGCAGAUGGCCAACCUAUGGGCAAGAUCAUCGACUUCGGAGCAAGCAAAGUCAUGGGUUUCAAAGUAAAAACCGGCCAUAGCAUUGGGAAUACAUGGCAAUUCACAUGCCCAGAACUCGCCAAUCCAGAGGAAACUCGUUUAGUACUUGCGGCUUCGGUGGACAUUUGGUCAUUCGGUAUGAUGGCCUUGAGUUCGUUGACCCCGAGCUACCAAAUGCCUUGGGAUAGGGCCUCCGACCACAAUCAGGACUUCAAAUACUUUCGUGAGCAUUUGGACAGCAGCUCCGAGAGAUCAAGCAGCCGAAAUCCGGUGCCGCUUAAAUUUUUGAGUCAGACGCCAUACAAUGUCCUCCGCCCUUUCGUGAACUACUUGGUUACAAAUCUCCUGCGGAUGGAUCCAACGCGGCGCUUCGACAUGGAUCGCGUUAUUCAGGAGCUGGAAGGCGAGAUUCCAGGAGCAAGCACUGCUCUCGAAGCUAUGAAGUGA